AUGCCUAUGAUAGAUGAAAAUAUAAAUAUGAGUAAUGUCAAACGCACUAGAAUUAUUCAUGUAAAAAAUACAUAUAUAUCUCCUUAUAUACUACACAAUAUAAACAAUAAUGAAGGCACAUUAAAAAAUAUGGACAAAAUAUUAAAAGAAGAAAAAGAUAAUAUAAAUAUAAAGAUUAAUAAUGUGAAUAAUAAAGAAACUAAUAAUGAUAAGCACACAUUAAAAUAUUCAACAUUAUGUAAUGAUUCAAAUAUAUUGCAUCCACAAAAUAAAGAUGAAGAAAUUGAAUUAAAUACAAUUUCAACUGUUAUACACAUGAAUUCUGAUGAAGAUAGUGAUAAAGAUAAUGAUACCAUAAUAAAUGAAAAUAAUGAUCUUUUAACAGAUAAUAUAAAGAAAUAUCAUGCCGUUAACAAUAAUCAUAAUAAUAUUAUAUAUAAUGAAAUAAAUAAUAUUAUUAAAAAUAAUUCAGUCAUUAAUGAUGCAAAUAAUUCUAUUCAUUUUAAUAAUAAUUCAUAUAUAAAUAACUUUAAUUUAAAUAAUAAUUUUUCUGUGUGUAAUCGUACUUUAAAUAACACCUGCACAAGUCAGGUAAAUUUGAGAAAUAAUAUGAACAGCAAUAAAAAAAUUAAUGAUAACAACAAAAAGGUGAAUAAUGAAACUAAUAACAGAACAAAUAAUGAUAAUAGUAUAAAUGAAUUUGAUAAAUUAAAUAAUAAGAAAAAUAAUUAUAUUGAUUGUUCCGUUUACAAAUGUGAGGAUGAAAUACCCCUAGGUACGAUACUAAAUAUCCAAGAUUUGGAAAAUCAUACAAAUAAUAAUAUGAAUAAUUGUCAUAAUAAUAAUAAUAUUAAGAGUAAGAUUCUUACAACAGUUAUGCUCAGAAAUAUUCCAAACAAAUAUACACAAAAUAUGUUGAUGGAUGUAAUGAAUGAACAUUUUAAAGGAUUAUAUGAUUUUUUUUAUUUACCAAUUGAUUUUAGAAAUAAAUGUAAUGUUGGAUAUGCUUUUAUUAAUUUUAUACAUCCAUAUUAUGCUGAACUCUUUAUCAAAUUUUUUAAUAAUUAUAAAUUAAAUGCAUUUAAAAGUAACAAAGUCUGUUCGGUUACAUGGGGAAGAGUACAAGGAUUAAAGGCAAAUAUUGAGCAUUAUAGAAAUUCAGCAAUUAUGACCAUACCAAUACCACAAUAUAAACCUAUACUUUUUCAAAAUGGUAUAUCUGUUUCAUGGCCUGAAUCAGAUGGCCCUUUACCAUCUAUUAAAUUAAGAUCUCAAAAAUUUUAA